AUGAUAAUGUUACUUAUUAUUUUUAUAUUUAUUUAUCCUACGCAAGUCUUAGGAAGUAGUAAAGAAAUUAUAAUUGAAAAACCAUUUUAUCUUCGUGCUCGUAUACAUGAUACUCAUACGGCUACUGUACAAUUUGAAAUAGCUCAAGAAAAUUAUCAUCGAACAUGUCAAAUGUAUAAAUUUACAAUUCGUCGUAAUCGUGAAAAACCAUAUUCGAUGCCAGAACAAAAUUUAACUUUUUGGAGAAAUUCACUUGAAUUAAAACAUUUAUCUGAAGGAAACUAUAGAAUAUGUGCUAUAAUUUGUUCGGAACAUUCAAAACAAACAUCCCAUCAUGAUGAAGCAUAUGGAAAUAAAAAUAAUACAGCAGCAAUAAUAGCAUGUGUUAAUUUUAAUGCAUAUCGUACUCAUUUUCUUAUUCUUACAUUGUAUAUCCUUGUUUUCAUAUUUCUUGGAUGUUCACAUGUUAUUUUUACAUUUCGUAAACGACAAUUUCGAGCUGGAAUUGCAAUGGCAUUGGUUGAAAUUGAAAAUACUUUACAAAAAUGGCGUAAUAGUCAAACAUCAUCGACAACACCGGAGGAAAUACAUAAAUAUAGUAUUCUUCAAACUCUUGUUACUCUACCAGCUGCACCUCGCGAACAUAGAGAAAUAGAACCGUUACAAUUCGAUGAUAAUGAUCCAAAUGAAAUGAUGGUGCAUUUUGGAAUUCUAAAUGAACGUAAAAAUUCACUUUAA